UCAUAACCAUUUCCUUCUUCGUCCUCUCAACCCUUGUCGCAUCAGAAACUCACCGUUUUAUAAGACCGUUAUCUUCAUCAAAACAUGGUUUAAAGAGAGAGAAAUUAAGCCAUAUUCACUUCUACUUCCAUGACAUAGUCAGUGGCCGACCCCCACGGCAGUUAAAGUGGCUGACGCACCCAUGACAAACACUUCCAUGACUGGCUUUGGCACUGUGUUCAUGACGGACGAUCCAUUGACUAUCGGCCCUGAAUCGAGCUCUAAGCUAGUCGGAAAAGCCCAAGGUAUUUAUGCUUCAGCUUCACAAAGUGAGUUGGGGCUUUUGAUGGCCUUGAAUUUUGUUUUUGUUGAAGGGAAGUAUAAUGGUAGCACUCUUAGUGCGUUGGGGCGCAACACCGUGUCCUCAGCCGUGAGGGAGACGCCGAUGGUAGGCGGAAGCGGGCUUUUCCGAUUUGCUCGGGGCUAUGCUCAUGCUAGCACUCACCAGUUUGACAUCAAAACUGGAGAUGCUGUUGUGGAGUAUAAUGUUUAUGUCUUCCAUUAUUAACCGGUGUGCGUGUUAUUUGCUUUCUUAGCUUUUCUGUGGCCUAUACAUAUGAAUCUUGAUCAGUCUUGUGGCUCAAUUAAUUAUCCGCAAUAUGACAUGCUAUGAUUGUGUCCUGGUUUUAUUCA